CGCAGUGACGAAAGCGACGUCGCCCUGUACACACAUCAUAUAAGUAUAAUUCUUGUUAAGGGACAACUAUUUAAGCUAUUAUAAUAUAAAAUAUAUAGGUUUUAUUUUAAUGUUAAUUAAAUGAGGGUAUAUUUAAACAUAUAGUGUACAAACAGUGAUAAAAUUGGUUAUUCUAUUUGUCCCGGACGCAGCGUGUUUCGGUAAACACAUAAUAUUUCCGCCAGAAGACCAAUCAUGAGAGGGCGAGUUACGAUUGUCACAUUCUUUAUAGCGCUGCCCUGCAUCCGAUGCGACGCGCCUGACGGUUACGUCGUAGACAAAACGACGGAUAUCGGGUAUCGAAUAUUCUAUCAAUCUCAGACGUGGCCGGUAGCCAGGGACAAGUGUGAAGAUGAUGGUGCUAAAUUAGCAGUUCCCAAAACUUUAGAGGAGUUCUCAUUUAUGCAAAAGCUGGUCCGAGGAAUGCACUACCCCAGUAUCGUCGACAGCGAGUACCAGGUGGUCGUGUGGCUUGGCAUUAACAACCUCGAUGAUUACAGGGUCUGGAAGAAUAUUGAUGGUGAAAACAUAAACGAAACUGGUUUCCACGAAUGGGCCACUGGCAACGGGAAUGGUUACAGCGACGCGCCCGAGGAGCCCCACUGCGCGGGACUCGACGCCGUGCACUGGCUUCGCGAUUUUUGGUGCCACCGUCGACAGCCUUACCUUUGUCAAAUUAAUUUAAAAAAUAAAAUAUAACACAAU